AACAAAGCCCACGAUUCAAUGCGCGUAUGACUACAAUACAGGCGCCAUUAUUGGAGCCCACUCAAGAAGUGGAGGGUAAAGGUAAUACAAAGCAUUGAGAAAUGGUGUGUUGUGCAGCGCCAAAAUGCUCCAAAAGGGGUGAUAGACGACAGAAGAAACGGACGUUUCGUUUCCCAAAGGAUAGAAACAGAUGUAAGGAAUGGGUCUUAUCAAUCAACAGAGUAGGACCGGACGGAGUGACGCUCUGGACUCCUACUCCGGGUUCCAGGCUAUGUGAGGACCAUUUUUCAAGUGCCCAGUUUGACAACUAUGGUUUCCUCAAGCGUAAUGCUGUACCAGAUAAGGUUCUUGGCGCUCCUGUAAGACCAAGCAGACGUACCAAAACUAGGCAACAGGCAGCAGUACAAGUAACCUCAACCACAACAAUGUACAGCAUAACUGAUCAUUCCUACUGCAAGCUGAUUGGAGGUGACCAUCCUCUGGAACAUGAAGUUUCCACCCACGUGGAUUCUGAUGCAUCAAAAGACGACACUGAGCAUUCCUGUCCUGAAAUGAAUGCACAUGAUCCAUCUGUGGAAGGUGGGUCCUCUGUCCAUGUUCAUUCAAAUUCACCAAAAGACACUACUGAUCUUUCUGCCUGUGAAACUCCUGUGCAUCAUCCUUGUGUGGAAGAUCCAUCCUCUUUCCACGACAAUGUUGAUCCACCAGAGGAUAUAUCAGAAGUAACAGUGCGAACCUUUGACAAUGUCAAAGACAGGCCAUCACAAGACAAAGAUCUAUUGAUUGAGAGUCUCAAACUGGAGGUGGAGAGAAAGGAACGGAUGCUGGCCCAAAUCUUCCGUCCAGAUCAAAUAGAGUGGCUUGAGAGCAGACUCACACCUGGCUCAGGACAUGAUCUUUACAAGUGGUCUUCAGAGACACUUAGUAACAGUUUGAAGAUUAGAAUUGCUUGUGGACUGAACGGAUAUGAAUACCUAAGAAAGGAACUCAAGUAUCCAAUCCCAAGUUACCGCACGAUAACCCGACAUUUUGGGGCCGUUAAAUUUGCCCCAGGCAUUUAAUAUGACAUUGCACCUCCCAGAAAUUGCUCGCCUUGCAAUUUUGAAGCAAUCCCCCACAACAGCUCAGGAGAACUGAAGGUCCGUGGAUGUCCUCCGAUACCAAGACCAAGUAAAUUGCUUCUUUGCACCCGGGAACUCGAGAGCGGAUGUCGACGAGCUACCGGCCUCUGGAGGCCAAAUGCCAGCCCUGCAUGUGUCCGUCAGAGAUCACUGAGUGCCUGGCCGAUAGGUUUUGCCGUAGAGCAAUGAGGAGAGAGUCCCUGCUAGAUUUGCUGGUGCACCAGAACCAAUGCAAUGCUCCCUCUGGAAUCCCCCUCAAAGACCAUGACUUGGCACAGACAGGAACCUGUGCUCUCAUGACUGUAUAACACCCUACACACCACGCAGCCAUGCUUUUACCAGGUAAGCCACUCGGGCCCCCUAUGUAAAUAUUUAAUGAUGUGAGUUCCCUCUUCUGUAAAAUGAAAGCGGUUUGAGAAAAAAGACUUGCAUCCUGAAUCUGCAGAGAGGGUUUGAAUCGGAAGAAAAAAGAGAACCAAAAAACCACUGGAAACAGGAAAUGAGGAUUUCUAUUGUUGUUGACACCUGUUGAAGAUUCUAACCCCGCUUCCCCCUAUAGUUCUCAUAUUUUAUUUAAAUAAAGUGUAAUAUAAAAAAAGA